AUGUCUAACUCUUUGGAACAAUUAAAAGCUGCAGGAACUGUUGUUGUUACUGACACUGGUGAAUUUGAAUCCAUUGCUAAGUACACUCCUCAGGACGCUACCACAAACCCUUCAUUGAUCCUUGCAGCCUCUAACAAGGCCGAGUAUGCCAAGUUGAUUGAUAUUGCUGUUGACUACGCAAAGAAGCAAGGUGGAUCUGUUGAAGAGCAAGCAAACAUUGCCCUAGACCGUCUCUUGAUCGAGUUUGGUAAGGAGAUUCUAAAGAUUGUUCCAGGCCGUGUAUCCACUGAGGUUGAUGCUCGUCUGUCUUUUGACAAGGAGGCCACUAUCAAGAAGGCUUUGGAGAUCAUUGAGUUGUACAAGUCUGUAGGCGUUGAGAAGGACCGUAUUUUGAUCAAAAUCGCCUCAACCUGGGAGGGAAUUCAAGCCGCCCGUGAGUUGGAGGCCAAGUACGGAAUCCACUGUAACUUGACUUUACUCUUCUCUUUUGUGCAGGCCGUUGCUUGUGCUGAGGCAAAAGUCACCUUAAUUUCUCCAUUCGUGGGCCGUAUUUUGGACUGGUACAAGGCUUCAACGGGUAAGGAUUACAAAGGUGAUGAGGACCCAGGUGUUCAAUCUGUGAAGGCAAUCUUCAAUUACUACAAGAAGUUCGGUUACGACACCAUUGUUAUGGGAGCUUCUUUCAGAAACACUGGUGAGAUCAAGGCUCUAGCUGGUUGUGAUUUCCUGACCAUUGCUCCUAAGUUGUUGGAAGAGCUGUUGAACUCCAAGGAACCUGUUCCUCAAAAGUUGGACGCAUCUGCUGCUUCAUCCUUGGACAUUGAACGUGUUUCUUACAUUGAUGAUGAGGCUGCCUUCAGAUUCGGCUUGAAUGAAGAUGCCAUGUCCACUGAGAAGUUGUCCGAAGGUAUCCGUAAGUUUUCGGCCGACUGUGUGACUCUACUGAAUUUGUUGAAGGAGAAGGUCCAGGCUUAA